GUCGGCCGGGCCCGGAGGACCUCGGUGGGGCCCGAUCCCCUUUUGACUGCGGAGUCCGCGGCUCGCCCGGAUCUUGGCUGAUUGUUGAAUUGUUCAAAACUCCGCGGUCCAUAAUGACGUCAACAAGUAAAGCAAUUGAAUUACAACUGCAAGUGAAGCAAAAUGCAGAAGAACUACAGGACUUUAUGAAGGAUUUGGAAAACUGGGAAAAAGACAUUAAACAAAAGGAUAUGGAACUAAGAAAGCAGAAUGGUGUUCUUGAAGCGAAGUUGCCUCCUAUUCGAAAUGGGAAUUUUAGAAAAAAGAAGAAAAGCAAAGCCAAAGAGUCUUCUAAAAAAACCAAAGAGGAAAACACCAAAAACAGGAUAAAAUCAUAUGAUUACGAAGGGUGGGCAAAACUUGAUGUGGACAGUAUUCUUGAUGAGCUUGACAAGGAAGACAGGACCCACGAUUCUGUGUCUCAAGAAUCAGAAUCGGAAGAGGAUGGGAUUCCUGUUGAUUCACAGAAGGCUCUUGCUCUAAAAGAAAAGGGCAAUAAGUUCUUCAAGCAAGGGAAGUAUGAUGAAGCAAUCGAAUGCUACACCAAAGGCAUGAAUGCUGAUCCGUACAAUCCUGUGCUGCCAACCAACAGAGCCUCAGCGUACUUCAGAUUGAAAAAAUUUGCUGUUGCUGAGUCUGACUGUAAUUUAGCAGUUGCCUUGAAUCGGAGUUACACAAAGGCUUAUGCCAGACGAGGGGCUGCUCGAUUUGCUCUGCAAAAAUUAGAGGAGGCCAAAAAAGAUUUUGAAAAAGUAUUAGAAUUGGAACCGAAUAACUUUGAAGCCACAAAUGAACUCAGGAAAAUUAAUCAGGCUUUGCCAUGCAGAGAGAGCUCGUGUCCUCAAGAAGCUGGCGCGAUGGUGAAGUCGGCUGCAGGGGAGAAGGAACAAGUUGAAGAGCAGCAGCAGAAGCAGCAGGCCACGGCACAGAAAGAUCUGGGGAAUGCAUUUUUUAAAGAGGGAAAGUAUGAAAGCGCGAUUGAAUGCUACACUCGCGGGAUGGCAGCAGAUGGCACCAAUGCGCUCCUUCCUGCUAACAGAGCGAUGGCCUAUCUGAAGAUUCAGAAAUAUGAAGACGCUGAGAAAGACUGCACACAAGCUAUUUUAUUAGAUGGCUCAUAUUCUAAAGCUUUUGCAAGAAGAGGAACUGCAAGAACAUUCUUGGGAAAGCUAAAUGAAGCCAAACAGGAUUUUGAGACAGUUUUACUUCUGGAACCUGGAAAUAAGCAAGCAGUGAGUGAACUUUCCAAAAUUAAAAAGGAAUUAAUCGAGAAAGGCCACUGGGAUGAGGUCUUUCUUGAUUCUACUCAAAGACAAAAUGUGAUUCAACCCAUAGAAAAUCCACCUUCUCCUGGAUCAACUGUGAGUAUCACAGUUUUCUUUUAUAAGCGCCCCACAUUUUUGUUAUGGUUUGACUCAUGCUUUGGAAACAUUUCCAGGGCUCAGGCGGACCUGAGACAAGGUGUCUGUCGGUCUUCUUGUGAGCAGAGUGCCCUCGAGGCAGAGCACCCGCCCGCUCCGCCGAUUGCAGCUGCGCUCCCUCCGCGCCCCGCAAACUCCUUCCAGCUGGAAUCGGACCUCAGACAGCUGAAAAGCUCUCCAGACAUGCUGUACCGGUAUGUGAAGGUAAGCAGGAGCGCCGAGCAGUGCAUUGUGAGUAAGAGGUCGAGAGCCUCUUUGUGGAUGCUGUACGUGUGUAGCACUUGCGGUAGAAAGCGGUGGCAGUGUGCUCUGUACAGACCUCCAGCCUUAGAAACUGGGCGGCAACCUUGCUCCCCUGCAGGGCCGCAGCGAGUCAUGCUCCACUGCGCCACAGCCAGCUGGUUUUGUAAGUAUGAUGGCAAACAGAAUGAUAAUCUACCUUUCAUGAAUAAUUUGUUUUUAUAUUUGGAUUAUUUCAGGAAAGAAAAUCCAUCACUCAUCUUUGAAAUCUUACAAAGACUGUCUGAACUAAAAAGGUUUGAUAUGGCGGUGAUGUUUAUGUCUGAACGUGAAAAAAAAAUUGUACACGCAUUGUUCAAUCACAUAGACUCAUCAGGAUUGAAGGAUAAGUCUGUCGAAGAACUCAAGGAAAGAUACGGUGGUUGAUUUCUGUUCUUACUGCAAUUACUGUGACUACAUUAUUUUUUUUCCUACUGAAAAUGCAGUACUUUGUUUUGCUUUUUAAAACAAUGUGAAGUAGAGAAAACUGUCUUUGGACAGAAGUAUAAAGUGGAUUGUGAUUUUACUGUGGCCCCAUGUACUCAAGUGGACUAUUUAUAAAUCUUUUUGUGGAAAUAAAAUAUAUAAUGUUUAUAUGUAAGAA